UAAAAGAUGCUUUUUUCAUGUCAUGUCAUCUAGAGAAGAAGGACAAUUUCUUAGAAAAUCCAUGGGGAGAAAAGUAGACUUUUUCACCUUCCAGUUUCUGGGUGUUGGGCAUUUGUUAAGUGUGUUGUGCUUUCUCUGAUGUUUGGUCUAAUGCUAAUUUCUCACUGCAUGUGUUUCUCCCUUCAGAUUAUCAGUAGAAAUGUUUAUAACUGUUCUUCAUGGAGAGAACAAGGCAGAUCUUUUUAAUAUACACUGUAAAGUCCAGAUUCUGCUAGAUGGAAUCAAACACCGCUGUGGAUGUGAAGAUAAAGAUGAAAUAGAACUAGCAGAUGAGAGUGGCCAAGUCAAGAACUUACUUCAAAACAAGCAUCAUUGUGCAACAGAACUUCUGGGGGAACGAGAGACUUACGUGCUCCUUAGUGUCACAAAUGGAGAAAGACCUUCAGAGAUCGAAUUUAGGCCACUGUUGAAAGAUGAGCACAUCAUUAACCCAAAGUUCCUAGCUAAAUUAGGGAGUUGUCAAGACCGCAAGGGACACUCUCCAAAGAUGAAAUCCAGAAGGAUUCAUCGAAAAUCAGCCUUGGAUAUUCCCACAGCUGAAGGCUUAAGAAAUUCUUCACCCCAUGGCAGUAGAACAAGGACUCCUAAAACAAAGCAAGAAAAUCUGAUUUGUGGGUGAAUCUCAAUUCAUAACCACUGCAACAUUUUUGGAAACAUUUCUGUUUGUUGUAAAAUGUUGAUUAGAGCUACUCUUCAAUGAUCUCCUGCCAAGAGUGAAACCCCAGCAUACCCUGUUAGACUCACAAACGCAUUGAAACUUAAAUCCAAACCAUAUGUAAUAAACUUCACUCCAGGCAAGAGUGCAUAAAACAGUAGCCCUAAUCUCUUAGAGGGUGUAUGCGCAUGCACAAGUACGCUGUAGAUGUGCCAAGUCAAUUUACUGUAGAGAUGCUUCUCUCUUUCUCUCGCUUGAAAUACUGCGGUUUCUUAUUUCCAUUUUUCUUCCAAAGCUUUUAAAGAAUUGAAUGAACAUCUUUAUCUGUAACGAAAGUAACCCUUUAGCAAUAUCUAUUAUAGAAGGAUCCAUAUGCCUGUCCUCAGAUCAACAAAAGGAGUUUCCUGCUGAAUUCUCUUUCAUUGUCAUGAGAAAAACAUGUGAGCCAGGAAACUAUCCUGAGCAUUCAAUAAGCAGAGUUUAAUUGACACCAACAUCAAUUCUUCAAUGCUAGACUUAGC